AUGCCCGCGGCUGCCCGCCCGCUCCGGCCCCGGCCGCAGGCCCUGCUCCUGCUGCCGCUGCUGCUGCUGCUGCUGCUGCUGCCCGGCCCGGUGCGCGCCGACAGUAAGAUGUUUGGCGACACGGACCAGGUACGGAUGACCUCGGAGGGCUCCGACUGCCGCUGCAAGUGCAUCAUGCGACCCCUGAGCAAGGAUGCGUGCAGCCGGGUGCGCAGCGGGCGGGCGCGGGUGGAGGACUUCUACACGGUGGAGACCCUGAGCUCGGGGACCGACUGCCGCUGCUCCUGCACGGCGCCACCCUCUUCGCUCAACCCCUGUGAGAACGAGUGGAAGAUGGAGAAACUCAAAAAGCAGGCGCCUGAGCUCCUCAAGCUGCAAUCUAUGGUGGAUCUCCUGCAGGGCACCCUGUACAGCAUGGACCUGAUGAAAGUACAUGCCUACGUCCGCAAGGUGGCCUCCCAGAUGGACACGCUGGAAGAGAGCAUCAAGGCCAACCUGAGCCGGGAGAACGAGGUGAUGAAAGAGAGCGUGCGCCACCUCAGCGAGCAGCUGAGGCACUACGAGAACCACUCGGCCGUCAUGAUGAGCAUCCAGAAGGAGCUGUCCAGCCUGGGCCUGCAGCUGCUGCACAAGGAUGGCGCCGCCACCCCUGCCGCCGCCCCAGCCACUGGCCCUGGGAGCAGGGCUCAGGACACCGCUAGUGGGAAAGGCAAGGAUACCAACAAAUAUGGCGGCAUGCAGAAGAGCUUUGUAGACAGGGGUCUACCAAAACCUCCUAAGGAGAAGCUGCUGAAGGUGGAGAAGCUGAGGAGGGAGAGCACCAAGGGCAGAUUCCCCCAGCCCACAGCCAAGCCCCGGGCCCUGGCCCAGCAGCAGGGCGUGAUCCGGGGUUUCACCUACUACAAGGCGGGCAGGCAGGAGGCGACUGCGGCCGUGGCUGACAAUGCCCUCAAGGGCACUUCCUGGCUGGAGCAGCCACCAUCCAAGGUAGAGGACAGGCCACCCGAGCCCAACUCGGCGGAGCAGGAUGAGGCUGGGCCCGGGUCCUCAGAGGGAGCGGACUUGGCCCCUGCCACCCCCACCUUGGACCCUGCCACCACCAUCACCACUACCACUGUGACUCCCACCACCAGUCCCCUGCCCACCGAGCCACCGUCACAUCCAGAAGUCCCCAGCCAAGGCAGAGGGGAGAGCUGCGAGGGCACCCUCCGGGCCGUGGACCCCCCCGUGAAGCACCACAGCUACGGGCGCCACGAGGGGGCCUGGAUGAAGGACCCUGCAGCUCGGGACGACAGAAUCUAUGUCACCAACUAUUACUAUGGAAACAGCCUGGUGGAGUUCCGCAACCUGGAAAACUUCAAGCAAGGUCGCUGGAGUAACAUGUACAAGCUGCCCUACAACUGGAUCGGCACGGGCCACGUGGUGUACCAGGGCGCCUUCUACUACAACCGCGCCUUCACCAAGAACAUCAUCAAGUACGACCUGAGGCAGCGCUUCGUGGCCUCCUGGGCGCUGCUGCCCGACGUGGUGUACGAGGACACCACACCCUGGAAGUGGCGCGGCCACUCGGACAUUGACUUCGCCGUGGACGAGAGUGGCCUGUGGGUCAUCUACCCCGCUGUGGACGACCGUGACGAGGCCCAGCCCGAGGUGAUCGUGCUGAGCCGCCUGGACCCGGGCGACCUCUCCGUGCACCGGGAGACCACGUGGAAGACGCGGCUGCGACGGAACUCCUAUGGGAACUGCUUCCUGGUGUGUGGCAUCCUGUACGCCGUGGACACCUACAACCAGCACGAUGGCCAGGUCGCCUAUGCCUUCGACACGCAUACGGGCACUGACGCUCGCCCCCAGCUGCCCUUCCGCAACGAGUAUGCCUACACCACCCAGAUCGACUACAACCCCAAGGAGCGGGUGCUAUACGCCUGGGACAAUGGCCACCAGCUCACCUACACCCUCCACUUUGUGGUCUGAGCAGGGACCUGCACUCACAGGAGAGGGGCAGCAAUGGAGGGGGCUCCCCAUAGCAACUCCUGCAACCCAUUCACUCAGCAGAUAUUUAUUGGGGGCCAGCAAAUAUUUAAUAGGUGCUGGGUGCUAGGCUUGGGGUCGUA